AUGUAUCAAGCUAGUCGCCAGUAUACACACUUCCAUGACGUCACCAUCCUCGUUCCAAGCACCUGGAGCGACAACUCGGCCUACUUGACAGCAACGUGGGAAACGUACGACCUUGGCAACAUACUGGUGGACGAGAUGAAUCCUGAAUGGUGGCACAAUCCCUACACUAAACAAACUCUUCCCUGUGGAAAACCUGGAGAGUAUACUCAUCUCACUCCAAAGUGGAUUACUGAUGUCGAUUUCAGUACUUACUUUUGGGGUGAAUCGGCUAAAGUUAUUGUUCACGAGUGGGGUCAUCUCAGAUGGGGUGUAUUCGACGAAUAUCCCACCUCCACAGAUGAAACAUUUUACUUUGACGAGAAUGGCCGAACAGAACCGACUCGGUGUUCGGAAUCUGUUACCGGCGUGUCACUUGAUAGCAGCAAAGGAUGGACAAAAUGUAACACAGAUCCCGAUUCCGGUGUGCUGCCUGAACCAACAUGCCUGUUUUAUCCAUCUGAAGAGAAUAACCCAGCGAAGGCGUCUUAUUUAUAUGCGCAGUACUUGGAAGGGGUGGUUGAUUUCUGUCACGACGACCCCGAUAAAGACCCGAAUGCCAGACACAACCAAAUUGCAAACAACCAACAAAACAAACAAUGCGGUCACCGAAGCAGCUGGGAGGUCAUGCGAGAACAUGCAGAUUUUGCCGAGAAUACGCCACUAGAUGACGUAGACACGUUGCCAUUGUUUAAAGUGGUAAUAGCACGUGACAUACGAUCAGUGCUAGUGAUGGAUAUAUCAGGCAGUAUGUUUGUAGUUCUCGAUGACAGUAGUGAGGGUACUGAAGGAGGGAGACUCUUCUUAAUAUCAGACGGGAUGGAAAACUAUGCACCUCUUAUAAAAGAUGUAAUUGGUAAUAUAUCCGAUAGUGGAAUUAUCAUAGACACACUGGCACUGGGCGAUGAAGCAGAUCCACAAUUAGCGACGCUCUCAGCAAAGACAGGUGGUAGAUCGUACUACUACUCGGAAUCAUCGAAGACGACAGCGCUUCAUGAUUCCUUUACUUCUAGUUUCACUCACAGAGAAGCAACCAAUACCGCUACAUUGGUACAAGUAUCGAGUGAAGUUCUGUCCGUACCCGCUUCAGGGACUAUAGAGGGCAGUGUUCACAUUGACUCCACUGUUGGUUUAGAAACCAAGUUCCACUUCUUCAUGCGGGAGUUCAGCACGCCCAACGAUGCCGUGACAGUGGAGCUGACGUCACCGUCAGGGGAUGUGGUGAUUAACAAAGAUUCGAUAGAGUAUAAUUAUGAGAGAAGGACAAAAACAAUCACGAUACGCUUGAAAGGGAUUGCCAAGGUUGGUGCUUGGGUGUAUGCAAUCCGAAAUGCCGACAAACAGGACAGGCCCGUAGAGAUCUCCGUGGAAUCGAAAGCAAUCGAUAUGACGAAAGGACCAAUACAAUUGACAUCGAUCAUUGAUUUCCCGAUUAUUGUGGAAACACCAGCCAAAACUGCGGUAUAUGCUGAGUUAAGUCAGGGUCACCUGCCUGUCCUAUACGCGAACGUUGUGGCCACUAUCGAAAGACCAGGAAGUAAGGAGCGGUGUAACUUUACCACUACUAGACAGCGGUGGAGAUAUUCUGUCAAGAUACAAGCCAACAAUAGUAAUGCACAUACUGCAAUCCAGACAUUCUCUCAACAGAGUGGCGCCAUGGCAACUAAUAAUACAAUGUUAUUCACAAGAUCAGCAUCAUACACGCCUGUCGGCAAUUUCGACCGCACCGACUCAGCCGGAGUUAUACAGCUUGGCGACCACGUGGUGAUUGGUAAGCGUUAUCUCAAGACAGACCACUUCCCGCCAUCUAGAAUUGCGAAUCUCAGAAUAAGCAGUUAUGCUGUGGUAAACGAAGUUCAAUUGAGCUGGACGUCACCUGGCGAUGAUCUGGACCAGGGAACAGCGGCUUAUUAUGAUCUGCGCAUGAGCACAUCGUUUUCGGAAUUAUUAACUGACUUCUACAGUGCCAUAAAGGUGACAGACGUGAACUUAACUGAUGGAACGCUGUUGUCGCCACUUCUAUCUGGCAAUUUGCAGACAGUAACUUUAUAUAUACACCAAGCUUCACAGGACUAUAACUUGUCAUAUUACCUGGCCAUUAUAGCUGUCGAUAACAAUGGGCAGCACGCCGAGCUUUCCAAUAUCGUGUCUGUUUCCGCCACAAUGGUUGCACUUGGUCAAACGACGACGGCGACGACGAUGAUGGUAUCGUACAAUGAUAUCGAACUUUAUUUUGUCGCUGCAUUUUUCAUUUUCACUAUAAUGGCUGUUGUCAUUCGUGUCGCCGUUAAGCAACGUUCGAAGAAACAAACAAAGAAAUAUGUAUAG